CAACAGGAAGGGCAGCUGGGGCGGCAGCAGGGAAGGCAGCAACAGCAGCAACACGGGCAGCGGCAAGAGGUGCUGCACGGGAGAGGGCAGCGGGAGCCGCUGCAGGAAGGGCAGCAGCUGCGGCAGCUCCAGCAGGAGGUGUGGUGAGAGAGACAGCAGCCGGAGCGGCUGAAGCCGAGUGUGCCCCACGAGGCGGCCGCCGAGGAUGGCUCGGACAAUGAUGGCCCGCUCGCCGGAUAUAUCUUGGUCGACUCAACCCUUCCAUGCUCUCCCUCAUCAGCCCUCGCGCCGGCGCCAGGAGCACAAACAACAGCCGGGCAGGUUGCUCCCUCCCCCUCCCCACCCACGCAGGCUGUCGCGCCGGACGCCUCGACCUGGGUA